ACAAGAUUGAUAGUUAUAUUCAGUGCUUGAAAAUGGUCAUCUCAAUGAAACGUUGGAAAGGCAAAGUGGCAAUCGUCACCGGUGCCAGCGCAGGAAUUGGGGCGGCGAUCGUCGAACAGCUCGUGGACGCAGGAUUACAGGUCGUAGGCUUCGCCCGCCGCACCGACAAAAUCGAAGCUUUAGCUAAAAAGCUCUGCCGCACAAAAGGAAAACUCCACGCCGUCAAAGUCGACAUCUCGAAGGAAGAAGACAUCCUAGCAGGCUUCAAAUGGGUCUCAGAGAAACUCGGCCCCGUCAGCAUCCUCAUCAACAACGCCGGCGUCCUCCCGAAUUCCACCCUAGUUGACGGAAGCACCGAAGAAUGGAAGAAAGUUUUCGAUACCAAUGUCAUGGGCCUGUGCGUCGCUACGAGAGAAGCCGUAAAAAUCAUGAAAGCGAACAGAAUCGACGGCCACAUAAUUCACAUUAAUAGCGUUGCUGGUCAUAAAGUACCGAAUAUUCCGAACAUGAACGUGUAUCCGGCCUCCAAACAUGCCGUAACCGCGCUUACCGAGACGCUGCGCCAGGAGUUGAAUAGUCUUGGACUGAAAAUUAGGAUAACGAGUGUUAGUCCUGGAGGGGUUACGACGGAGCUGCUGGAGGCGAAUAAUUAUGUGACGGAUCCGAACGUUAAGGAAUUUUUGAAGACGGUGCCUUAUCUGAAAGCUGAAGAUGUAGCAGAUGCGGUGUCGUACGUGUUGGGGACGCCUGAACACGUUCAGGUGCAUGAAUUGCUGAUUAAACCUGUGGGAGAAAGCGUGUAAUUUUUGUGUUUUGAUAUUUGUAAUAUUUUUUUAUUUGUCUGGUG